GGUCUUCGUGCUCGGAACAACAAAGCUCAGGACAUUUACAGUGGAGCAGACAGUUCUAUUCUCUGAGCAGUGCAGAAAGACACCACACAAGCAGAAGAUGUUCACAAGUUGGCCUCUGAUGUGAUGCCUUGUUCAUCCUAAGAGAUUGACACCUAACACCACAGAAACAUCAUGACAUAUCAUGACAUGGAAAUGUUCCAAAUCUGACAAUCAGCCAAAACACCUUUGGGGAGCUCUUUUAUUUAACAGCUGUGGUAACAUAUACUAAUUAUUUCAUAUACGUUUUCAAGACUGUAAACCUAAGUGGCAAGUGGAAAAACCAAAAUGCAGGUGGAAAAUCCGUUGCAAGGCCUGGUGUGGAAGUUGUUAUUGGUGAACACUUUAUCAUGUGGGCUGGAGGUGUGCAUGGCUGCAGGAACCGUCUACAUCCCACCACUGCUGCUGCAGGCCGGCAUGGAGGAACGCUACAUGACUAUGGUGCUCGCGGUGGGUCCAGUUUUAGGUUUGAUCUUUAUACCGAUAAUUGGCUCGGCGAGUGAUUCACAGCGAGGCCGUUUUGGUCGACCACGCCCCUUUAUUUGGAUGCUGAGUCUGGGUAUUUUGUUAGGCCUGCAAAUCAUGCCGCAGGCCCGGCGACUGGCUGAGCUGAUGUCCCCACAGAGCCCUUACUGGCUGCAAGCUGUCCUGCAGUCUGCAGUGGUGUGCCUGAUGGACUUCUGUGGACAGGCCUGUCUCACCCUGUUGGUGGCCUUGCUGUCAGACCUGUUCCCCAGGGAGGAGGAGAACCGCAGAGCACUCUCUGUUAACUCCAUGAUGACCAGCCUGGGUGGAUGCCUGGGGUUCUUGGUCUCUGCUGUGGACUGGCGUCAAGCUCCCAUAGCAACAUACCUGGGAGGCCAGGAGGCCUUCAUCUACGCCCUGCUCACCGUAUUCUUCCUCAGCUGCCUCCUCACUACCGCCUUCAUCCCAGAGGAGACAGGAACCAGAAGAGGACAGAGAAGGACUGUCAUCUCUAGCCCUUUAAAAUGCUGGACCAGCAGAUACUGCACUCACUCUUUGCUGCCCCGGCCUCAGUGUUUCCAUGUUGCACUGGGCCAGUGUGCAUCAGCCUGUAUAUCAGUGUUACCUCGUGUGUAUGCAGCGUGUGUGCAGAUUCCAGCAGUCAUAUGGAGACUGUUUGUUGCGGAGUUGUGUAGCUGGAUGGCACUUACGAGUGUUAUGCUUUUCUUAACCGACUUUAUGGGGGAGGGAUUGUACCAGGGAGUGCCGAGCGCAGAGCCAGAGUCACAGGAAAGAGAACGCUACGAUGAAGGUGUACGAAUGGCCAGUUUGGGUCUCUUCCUGCAGUGCAUGGUGUCAGUGCUGUGCUCAGUGUUAAUGGACCGUUGGGUUGCUCUGCUGGGAGCCAGGGUGGUGUAUAUUAGCAGUGUAGCUUUGCUGGUGUUCACCGCCACUGUCAUGAGUGUGUCAGACAGUGUGAUGACUGUCACUGUCAUGGUGGCUGUGACAGGAUACACACUCUGCGCCCUUCAUGUCCUGCCAUACACUCUGCUGUGUCUCUAUCACUCAAACCAACAGGUUUUUUUCACCUCAUCACAUCCAGGACCUUGUUUGCUCAGAGAAAGUGAUGACCCAGUACUUACUAAGCCCAUCUCAUCCUUCGGUCGAGCCAAUCCUCACGCUAAUGGCCACACAAAGGGGCCGACUUUAUCUGAGGAAGACCCCUCUGUUGGGUUGCCCCACCUCUCACUGUUUGUGGGUGGAAAUGAGAAGAGAGAUGAACCAGGCUGCACACCAGUCUCACAGAGAGAGAUGUGUUUUGACGUGGCGAUACUGGACAAUGCCUACCUGCUCUCACAGGUGCUGCCGGCAAUAUGCCUCGGCUCAAUAGUGCAGCUGGCGAACAGUGUGAGGGCUUACAUGGCCUCUGCCUGCUGCUUCAGCCUGCUGGCAUUUCUCUGCUCCACCAGGGUCAUCUACAGCCUCACCGACCUCCAACGCUGACCACCUCUCCAGCAAGACCAUCAGCUGAGGAUUUUCUGUGGUACAUAAGCUCUGCUGUGCUGAUGCUGAAAGGGUUGCUGUGUGGAAAGAAAUGAAAAAAAUCCUGAGUGACAGAGACUGAUCUUGUGUCAGAGGAGUUAUUGCAUUCCUUGAGAGUUUGAGGAGGUUCAGGGACCUGUUUGGGCAUUGUGAUAUACAGUACAUAAAGCAGUCCUUUAAAGAUUGUGUUGUACUGCAUUGCCAGUUCGAGAAACAUGGUACGUGUCAAGUGUAUCAUGGGUUUAAGGCCAUUAAAUGAAAUGUGAAUGAAUUCUGUGCUUUCAUCACAGCCAGAGCAGUUUAUUGCUGGUGCAAUCAUACAGCACACAGAAUUUAUGUUCAUGUAUAAAAUGAGUUUGUUUUUGUAUAUUCUUGUAUAGGGAGUGAUGGGGAGCGGUAUCCUGCUGUGUACUGUUGCUAAGAAACCACACUGGAGUCUCGACACUCCUUGUGUGGUGCAUUAUGCUGCAGUCUUCUCAUCCAUAUGCUGUGUUUGGCUUCUGGAGGAUCAGUUACAGCCAGUAAGCCGUAACUAAAUGAGGAUAAUAACCCAACAGAAACAAAAUCAACAUUUAAAAUAAAGCCGUGUUUGCAGCCAGGUGUCCCAGUUGUUUAUUUAUGAUCUAGGUCAAUGGCUAAGAUAUCAUUUUAAAAUGAUCUCUACACACCCUGUUCUACUAUUGUUCCACCUCUGGCAACAGAUUAUGUAAGCAUCUCAGGGACCAUACUGACUUUUCAAAGUUCGUAUUUGUCAGAUGAAUAAAAAGGUAGAUUCAAUAUUACCAAGGACAUUCAAACACUUGUGUCUGUAUUUCUCAUAAAAGUUGCAUGGAAAUGUUUCAGUUAAAAGAGACCUGUGGAUUUUUAUUGGUGCCAUUUUAUACAAACACCUGGUGUAUGUCUUUUCUGAAGCUUCCAGACUGUAACCACUGACAUGUGGUGUCAAGUCUAUUAACUGAUGUUAAGGCUGACAUUUUUCAAUUAACAUGCUCUUC